GCGGCGUGCCCCGCGGCCCUCCCCGCCACCGCAGACCGCCCCUCCACCGAGCCAGGCCGCGGCGCCGCCCCCUUCCCGCGGCCCUCCCCGCCACGGCGCCAUCCAACGCAGAUUAUCUGAACUUAGAAGAAAGUUCUCCACCACCUCCCCUAUGGUGAGGCACUAGCCGUGGAUGUGGACUUGCAGGCGCUCCUUCUAGCCGACGACAACGAAUUAUUAAGCGUCCAGCACACCGUGCUAUCCAUCAUCAGCAUCCGACCGUGAGGCGGAGUAUGAGACCCCGAUUGCAAGAAAAUAGCCAUGUUGAGAAUCAGAUGGUGACGCUUUGGAACAUUUAGACCACGGCAGGAGCCUUUAUACACUUAUAAGGCUGAAGAAUAUACCAAUCCAAGUGUUAGCUUUGCAAGGGGUUCCUGUUCUGCGAAAUAAAGGAUAAGAAUGCCAUCUGCCAUACAUUAAAAAGUUUCUACAAGGAGAUAGUGUGCAGUUAUUUUGUUCCAGUGAAUCUUUCUUAUGCCAGAACCUUUGUUUAGUCAUGCCGACAAGAUAGUCGAUGAAAAUUCAAACAAGCUGCAAGUGAGGUGGACCGGUGUAAUCUUUAUAAUCACUCUCUCGCAGAUCAAGAAGCGCCAGACCAGCUCUGAUCCUGAGAUACCGCCUCGUUUACGACCAGUGGAAAUCGAAUUCCAGGCUGCUAUUGAGGCAGAGAGAGGGAAGACCCAGGCUGCUUUUGAGGAGAGGGACCGGCAGUUGGCGGAGAGGGACCGACAGGCGGCGGAGAGGGACAGGGAGAAUGAGGAGAGGACGGCUAGGCUGUUGGAGGAGGAGAGGAACCGGAACGACUCGGCUAACCGGGCCAUGUACGAUCUCUUCGUGUCCAUGUGCGAGAAGAACGGCCAGACCCCUCCGUCGAUGCCAGUCAUUGCUCCGCGCAAGAACAUCGACACCGUCAAAACCAAGCUACCUUUGCGAAAGCACAAGAAAGGAAACGCCAACGCCAACAAGAAGAGGAAGAGCGAGCGCGACAAUGCCAAGACACACAAGAUGACGAGGCACAACAUCAAGAACAACAACGACAUGAAGCUCAAGCACUUGAGGUACGUGCCCUCCGAGAAUCAAGUCAAGCCGUAG